CUAAAUCCGAAUAACCGGCACAGCAAGUCGAACGAAAGUAGGUGCCAGAUAUGUCUUUCCGUGUUGUGCGCAGCAGCAAGUUCCGCCACGUGUACGGAACGCCUUUAAAACGUGAACAAUGUUACGACAACAUCAGGGUGUCCAAAUCCUCCUGGGACUCGACCUUCUGUGCUGUGAAUCCAAAGUUCCUGGCCAUCAUCGUUGAAUCUGCAGGGGGCGGUGCUUUCAUUGUUUUGCCACAUAAUAAAGUCGGGCGAAUACCAGCGGAUUAUCCUUUAGUCGGUGGACACAAAGGUCCUGUGUUGGACAUUGCGUGGUGUCCUCACAAUGAUAAUGUCAUAGCGUCUGGUUCUGAAGAUUGUGUAGUUAAAGUAUGGCAAAUACCAGACGGUGGUAUCUCGAGGACAUUAACAGAUUCAGUGGUAGACCUUCAGUUGCAUCAGCGUAGAGUUGGUCUUGUUCUGUGGCAUCCAACUGCAUUGAACGUACUGCUCACAGCUGGAUCGGACAAUCUUGUCCUGAUCUGGAAUGUUGGUACCGGAGAUGCAAUGGUGCAAAUAGACUGUCAUCCAGAUAUGAUUUAUUCCGCGUGUUGGAAUUGGGAUGGAUCCAGAUUGGUCACUACGUGCAAGGAUAAAAAAAUUCGCUUACUAGAUCCAAGAUCUGGAGAAAUAUUAGAAGAAGCUAUUGCACACGAAGGCAGUAAGGCUACUCGGGCAAUCUUUCUUAGGGGAGGCUUGAUUUUCACUACGGGUUUCAGCAAAAUGUCCGAAAGGCAAUAUUCGUUACGUGCCCCUGAUAUGUUAGGCGAACCGAUAGUCAUGGUAGAAUUGGACACCAGUAACGGAGUAAUGUUUCCCCUCUACGAUCCCGACACGAAUCUAGUGUAUUUGUGCGGGAAGGGUGAUUCGGUGAUUCGAUACUUUGAAAUUACACCAGAACCUCCUUUCGUUCACUAUAUCAAUACAUUUCAAACACCUGAUCCUCAACGCGGCAUAGGAAUGAUGCCAAAACGAGGCUGUGAUGUUAAUAGCUGUGAAAUAUCUCGAUUUUAUCGGCUGAACAACUCAGGCUUCUGUCAGGUCAUUUCUAUGACGGUCCCGAGAAAGUCUGAACUAUUCCAAGAAGAUUUGUAUCCAGAUACAUCCAGCGAUACCGCGGCGAUUUCUGCGGAGGAAUGGGAAAGCGGAACCGACGCGGAUCCUAUACUGAUUUCUUUACGAGAUGGUUAUCAGCCUUCGGUAGCCAAGAACGAUCUGAAAGUGCAUAAAAAGUCGAACAUUCUCAGUAAAGGAGCGAAAAUUGCCUCGAAUUCUUCGCAAAAUGCUAACCAAGCAGCGCCAACCAUUACCGAGGACUUGCUGAAAGAAUUUACGGAGGAAAUAAGGAAAUUGAAGGCGGUGAUCGUAAAGCACGAGGGAAGGAUACGGGUGCUAGAGUCUGCGGUUGCUCUUCAAAUGAAAGAAGAAGAGAGAAAAGAAAAAUCGUCCUCGCCUGCCGUGCCGGAGGUGCUCGCGUCCGACGAGGUGUAACGUUUUUCUUUUUAAUAUUAUAUUUUUAGCUCACGAAAAGAUACUACGAAAGGAUAACUAAUUAUGUAAUAAAAAAAAAUGAUCAUAUAUUUUGGUAUAACAAUUUGUGUAAAUAGUAGGUUUUAGCUACGUCUCUCGUGUGUUUUUGAUUCUUUGGAAUGAUCUUUGCUAUUUAUUGUACAUCCAUUCAUCAUACAUCCGCUGCAUUUGUACCAUGUUUUACAUCUUUUAUUUUAUUAGGACUGUAACUAACACAUGACACUGCUCCUGUUUAUUAGCGUUAAGAAUUGUCGGAUGUUUUAAUGUCCAGUACGCGGACGAGGACCUCUAUGUAUAUUUAACUUUAUAAGGACAAACGAGUGCCUAAUUUGUACAGACACGUCGGCUGUAAAGUAAUUGAGAAACCACUUUAUUCUGAUAUACAGUGUCAAUGUGAAUAUUUUUUGUGUAAUGCCUCUCGAAAGAACGCGUAAUUUGUAAAUAAAUUAUGCGACAUAAAGUAACAAAAAAAAAGAAGAAAAAAAAGAUUGCUAUUUUACAAUCACUGUGCAAAUAACAAUAU